AUGGAUAUUAAUAAAAAGCAAUCAAUUAAAAAGUUUUCAUAAAUAUCAUAUUAAAGUUAAAUAAACUGUAAAUAUUUAAUAUAUAUUUUAAAAAAAAACUAAAAAAAUAAAAAAGAAACUACUGAUAAAAGCAAAAUUGGAUAGAAAUAAUUAAUAAAUAGUAUUUAAUAAACACCAAAUAACAAUAAUACAAGUACAUAAAAUUCAGUUUAAAAGGAAUCAAUUUAAAAAUCAAAAUAAAGUAAAUAUAUAUAAAUAUAUAUAUUAAAUAAAAAUAAAAUAAAAGGUGUUUCUAGAAAUUUAAAUACAGGAUAUAAUAAAUUAAAUUAUUCUCCAAGUAAAAAUACACCUAAAGAUUUUAAUUAAUUAUCUGCUUCUUCGAAACAAAAAAGCUCUAGAUAAUUUCUAAAUAAAAGACUGUAAAAAAAGCAGGAUAAUAAUUCUGAAAUAACUGACAGCAGCUAAAGCAUGAAUAACUUUAAUUAAGAGGAUUUAACAACACAAAGUAUAAAUAUAGAAUUGUAAGAUAAACUCAUACAAACGAUAAAUAGACUAGAUAUAGAAUUAAAACAAAUAAAAAAUUAACCAUUAAAGAAUGAUUCUAAAGAACUUGAAUAAUAUCAUCGUUUAACAUAGUAAUAUUUAAAAUAAAUUUAAUAUUUAUAAGCUAGUAAGAAUAAUUUGGUUAAUUAAUACAAUCUCGAAGUAAUAUUUUUAUAACAAUAAAUUACUGAAAUGCAAACUCGACUCUAAAAAUAACGAGAAAACAUAUAUUUUUUAGAAUAAGAGAACUCAAAUUUAUUUCAAUAAAUUUAAGAAGGUCAUUUUUUAGUCAAAGAUGAAUAAAAUUAGUCCUAUUUGGAUACAAAGUUAGAUUAUUUUAACCAAUAACUGAAACUUUUACAAGAGCAAAUAAAAUUAUUGACAGUUGAGAAUAAAGAAUUGCAAUUAACAAAUGAAAAUUACAAAUAAAUAGUUGAAGAAAUGCAAAUAUAAAGUCGAAAUUUACUUUAAGAAAACGAUAAUUUAAAGGAAGCAAUUUCCGAAAGCUAACAAAAAAUAUCUGAAGAAAACGAAAGUAUAAAAAGGACUAAAAAACACGACGAAAAAAUCGAAAUUUUACAAGAAUAAAUGAGACAAUAUGAACUUGAAAAUUAAGAUUUAUAAAAUCUGAAUAAUUUACACAAAAAAACAAUUCGUGAUUUAGAAUAAUUAAACUAUUAAAUUUAACAAAAAAAUGAAUAAUAUUAAAACUAAUUGUAAUUUUCAGAAUAAAAUAGACUAGAAAAAUAAAGAAUUUUAAUUUUCUAAUAACAAAUUGAAAUUACUUGUAAACGAAUAUGAGUUAAAAUUGAAAUAAUUGUAAAAUUAAUUUAAUGAAUAAAGCUUGGAAAUGUAAUAAUUGAAAAACUAAAGAUUUUAAAGUAAUCAUGAAGUAGAAAUUGAUGUUUAAAAUUAAAUUAGAACACUUGAAUAAUAAAUAAAUGAACUUUAAUAAAAUAAUAAUUCGAUUUUAGUUUAAAAUAGUAAAUUACAUGAAAAUUUGAACGAUUUUGAAUAAAAAAAUAGGCUUUUAAAUACUUAAAAUGAAGGACUUUUAAGCCAAAAUGAAGGAAUUCUAAAAGAAAAUUCGGAUCUAAAAAAUAAAAUGAGUGAAUAAAAAGAAAACUUAUUUAAUGAAAAUUAAUAAAUUAUUUUAAAUAAUGUUUGUUUAUAAUAAAAUGUGGAUGAUUUGAAA